AUGUCCGAAAAGAUGUAUCCGAUGUCGAAGCCAAUUCUCAUCGAGUCCAUCGACAGAUCUGAUGAAGUAUGCGCGACGAUUCUAUCUCCCCCGAUUAAAGAAUAUCAAUUGACCAAACGAAAAUUAAAUAUAAAGUGGGAGCUUGACUUUGCAAGUAUCAGCUAUCCUCACUCGAUCACUCUGCCCGUGCCCCCAAAUUAUGCCCAGCCACUACUCGUACUACUGCACCAACACAGCGUGUAUGUUCAGAUGGUGACGCAUGGCAUACCAAUGGUGAAGGAAGAUCGGAUGGAUCCACGAGAAGUACGGGCAUUCAUGAGCGUGGCGGCGUACCUCAGAGACGUCAUACUUGCGUUCAAGGAGGAAUGGGAGGGUGAGGAGCAUAAGUCUACUUUUCGUUCAGCACGCUUGGAGUUCCAUAUCGCGAUGGUGCUCACAGGUGGCAUGUUCAACAAUAAAAAUAUGCGAAGGGUGCAGGACAAAUACAACGUAAUAUGGAAUGACUUUGUUCAGCGUGUAGAGGUGACUGACGUCAUGAAGCUCAAUGGGAACGAGAAGGAAUACCACAAAUUGCUCUGUUGUGAGGGAGAGAAUAUGUGUGGACUAGAUAGUUAUCCAGGUAUCAAGCACGGGAAGGGUGCGUUGGAUAUGAUCGAGAGAUUUGUGAAAGAUAAGGAGGCUUCAUGGACGUCCAAAAAAGGGACUGCUCACCCUACAAGUACGAGAAUACAGGAACCUGUUGAAGAGGUAAAGGAAAAGGAAAAGCAGGUCAUUUUCAACGCACAGGAGGGACCUGGAGAGAGCACGAAGGGAAAAAUGAAUGUCCCCAGAAACCGCAAAGCGAAGAAAAUACAUAAAAAAGAUCAUGACAGUAUGAAGAGGAGCGAUGAUCAGAAGGCUGUCCCGAAACAAUUAGCGGAAACAGGAACGAUCACGAAGCGAGAUGCACAUUUGAUAGGAUCGGUAUCAAAACAAGGAAAGGCUCACGAAGAGGGUGCCACUCCGCGGGACCUGGAGAAACUGGACGCAUCGAAUAUCUCACUAAGACGCGAACCUCUCGCCGACGCUCCAGAGCCUUUCAAUAGAGUCAAAGCUAAACAAAGAGAGGAACCGUCUUAUCACAUCGAUGUAUCAUUCAAGGACACACAGGAGGAUAUCGUAGAGAUGGCAGCAGAAAUGCACUCCAAUGCUCGUGGUGGACCUGUGGAACACAUGGCAAGGACUCAACCUUUCUAUGCGAUUGGUAUCUCCCUCCCUCUCAAAACAGCUUCUCAGGAGCAUAGGAAUAAUAUGAUGAGACGGGGAUUCAUGGAAGGAGACGGCAUUACUGUCAGCGCAAGUCUGCUUACUUGGAUGAUAGAACGAUAUCGCAUCCUGGUUGGAAUACCACUAAAUGAGCACCUACACGGACAGCUUAUUCCGCAAUCGCCAGAUGAAUACGAUGAUCUACCAGAGCAUGACUACUUGGAGGCGCUCGGCAUAGAACGAUUGUACGCUGCAUUGGUAAACGCAGAAAGGAGUCCUGGACAUCUUAUUCAUCUUGCACAUGCACUUGGGAGGGCUGCGAAAGAGACUAACAUAUUAUCCGAUUCUAAACCAAAUGAAUCUGACUCGUCGGUCGAAUCGGGGAAUUUGGAGGAUCAUGAUCAAGUCAUGUCUGAUCACGCAAGCACCGGGAACAAAGUUGUAUGUGUUACGGAAUAUGAUGGACAUGCGUCCGACAAUAUGCGUCAUGCGAGCGAAGGUCCUGCAUGUCCUGACGUCAUCGACAUCGACGAAAUCCCCAACAUACUGAUGGAAAUGGAAGUAAUCCAGAGUGGAUCUGCUGAUAACAAGAAUGAUCAUUCGAAGGAGGUCAUGGAGGGAGAGGUAAAAAGGAAACGAGAGGAUGCACCCCCCCUGUCUCCUCGCAUGGCAACCGUGAAUCUCAAUUACAUGACAAGAAAGGCAGAGGACGAGGAAGGAGACAAAAAGCGUUUAAAGCUUCUUAACUCAACGUCGUACGUGUCGGACACAGCUGACGACAUGCACCCUGCAGGAUCCGAUAUAUGUGAUGACCUUUCCUCAACUAUGUGGUCCACGCGCCGUCAGAAACUGAUUACAGUGGUUCCUCUGAGUGACAUAGAUGUGGAUACAGUGAUGCAAGGUCCGGAAGAGGACACUGCCCAGAAUUCUGCCAAUGAGAUUCCAUUUAUCCAAGUUCAAGACGAUGCAGCGACAAUCAAUGAUCCUGGAACUGUGAAUGUUUCUGCAAAAACACAGGCAUGGCUGGAUCAGUUCUGA